UUACAUCUUUCGUUCCUGAUAUCAGCUGAAAUUAAAUUUUUUUUCCUGUUUUUUUUUGGUUCCAAAUGAAUUCAAAAAGAUGGCGUUUUGUAUGAUGAAGGAGAAAUAAGGAGCAACGAUAACAACAGCAGCAUAACGAGACUCAAAGUUUUUCUUUUUUCAUUUUCUUAGUUUUUGUUUUGGUCAGUUUCUUCAGAUUAUCCGUAUCAUCCACAUCAUCAACAUUUGGUCAAAAGCUAAAAAACCAUCCAAAAUGAGCCGUAAUGUUGUCGUGAAUGCUGUUGGAAAACCAACAGCAUCGAUAAUUUUUUUACAUGGUCUUGGUGAUACUGGACAUGGUUGGUCAUCGACAAUCAAAGCUAUUAAACCGCCACAUGCCAAUCUGAUUUGUCCAACAGCUGAUAUAAUGCCAGUUACAUUGAAUGGUGGUUUUCCAAUGCCAUCAUGGUUUGAUUUAUAUUCAUUAGAUUCGAAUGGCCGAAUUGAUGAACCUGGUAUUGAACGUGCAAAAACAUUAAUUCAGGGAUUGAUUAGUUCGGAAGAAAAAGCUGGUAUUCCAUCUAAUCGAAUAAUUGUUGGUGGAUUUUCACAAGGCGGUGCAUUGGCACUUUAUUCCGGCUUGACUUAUCCAAAACCAUUGGCUGGUAUACUUGCAUUAAGUUGUUGGAUUCCUAUGCAUGAUAAAUUAACAAUCAAUGAAUGUAAUAAAAAAACACCAACACUUCAAUGUCAUGGUGAUGCCGAUCAAAUUGUUGCUUUAAAAUGGGGACAAAUGACAUCGGAAUUUUUGAAAAAACACUUAACUAAUUAUCAAUUUAAAAUCUAUCCAAGAUUACAACAUAGCUCAAAUGAUGAGGAACUGCGGGAUAUGAAAAAAUUUAUUGAAGAUAAUCUUAAUUAGGUCAUUUUAUUUAAAAAAAAUUGAAAAAUUAUUAUCAUUAUUUUUUCGAAUUUGAAUGAAAAUUAUUAUCAAUAAUAAAUAUAGAAUUUACAAAUGUUGUUUAAA